AUGGCAGAGUUCUUAAACAAUGAAACUUUGUCAGAUAUCACAGUCACAAAUCCUGCUUCAGGGGCUUAAUACAAAGCUCACAAAGUUAUUUUAGCCAGUGGAUCUAAAUACUUUUUAGAACUAUUUGUUUCUGAGGAUGCUUCAAAGAUUAAUCUUGUAAAUAGUAAUUUGAUAAUUCAACAAUUGUAGUUUGAAGUGCCUAAGCCUAUUGAAGUUAGUGGGGAUCAUCCAGAUGAUAUAGUCAGCAAAAUCCUUAAAUACUUCUAUCAUAAUUAGGACUUUACUGUUAUUGAAAAUGAAAUCACAGAGACCAAUGCUCCUUUCAUAUUCUCAUAAGCUUUCGUAUUAAAGGCAGAGAAUUUGAAGAAAUCUCUAGAGCAGCGCAUUAUUGAGAAAAUUCUUAACCCUUCUAAUUGCACAUAAUACUUUUUCGAGAGUAUCAAAUUCAAAAGCUAAGCAAUCCAAAAGGCAUGUGAAGAUUUAAUAGUUAUGAACUUCGCAGACAUCGCGUAGAAAGAUAAGGGAACUGAAUUUUUGAAAGAGUUACCUUUUGAUUAAUUUAGAAAUCUUUGUGCUGCUGAUAACCUAUACAUAUAGGAAGAAAAAAUAGUAGUAGACUUGAUUGAAGGUUAUCUCAAGCAUAGAGAAAAUUUGCCAUUACUUGAUGAAGAGAAUCCUCUAAAAGAUUGGUCUAAUUUGACCUAAGCAGAGAAGGACAAAAGGCUUGAAGAAGAAAAAAAGCAACGUGAAGAAGAAAAGAAAGCCAAGGAUGAAGAGGAGAAAAAGGAAAAUGAUGAGUUCGCAAAGCUAGAUGAACUGGGAAAGAUUCAACACAAGUGGAGAAAAAAGGUAGUUGAAAUUGAAAGCAAGGCAAAGGAAAGACUAGCAGUUAAACGAUUGAAUAAAGCUCAAAAGACAGAACUAUUUAAAACGAUUAGAUAUAGCUUCUUACGGCAUGAAGAGUUGUUACUUAUGACUAUGAACCCAGUUUAUGAACUUGCUAAAAAUUUCAUUGUUGAGGGACUUUCAGUUAGGCUUGAUAGUUAUGAAACAACUUUGAAGAAGGAACUUCAGAUUAACAUUGAGCCUAGAGUAUAUUUUGAACCCGAAACUAAUAAAACAAUAAAUACAUCUAUUGAUACUAAGGGUCAACCGAUGGGAGGUGGAGUUGGAUUAGGCAAUAUGUUCAAAUAAGCUUUAGCAUAGAAAUAGUAAUCACCAGUCAAGAUGAAUCAAAAUCAUUCUAAACCAUAUGCAAACUAUUAUGAGAGAAAGAUUGACGAGGAAAGAGAAGUUUAAAAAGAUGUACUAAAGAGAGGUGUCAUUGGGCCUGCUAUUAAGAAUAUGUUUGCAGAAUCCUAAAAGAGAUAAAACUAGCCCAAUUAGCUGAAUCAAUCCUUAAAUGUAUUUAAGAAACCAACAGAUCAAUUAUCAUAAAGUAUGAUGAUGUUGCCCCAAAGUGGACCAAAGCCACCUCAGAAGAAUCUUAAUAACUCAGCAAUCUUAAAUGAUUACUUGAGUGAGCGACCAACUGAGUUUAUAUAUGAGCAUGACUUUGAUGAGAAUGGUGUCCUUUACUUCUUAGGUUCAUUUGGAAAAAAGAAGAUGUGGCAGAAUCCUCACUUGAUUGGCUAGGUCUAGGCAUUUACAUCAUCUCUAGGAGCAGGAACUGUUGAUAACUUUGUUGGCAGAAUUGCAACUAACUGUAGAACCCAAAAUGAACCCUUUUCAUAUUUCGGUGUUGAUCUUGGCUAAGGUAGAAGCCUUUUGCCAACUUGCUAUACUAUUAGAAACAGAAACUCUACUACUCAUGUUUUAAUGAAUUGGCAUCUUGAAGGUUCUAACGAUAAAACUAAUUGGGAGAUCCUUGACAGAAGGAUUUACUUAGGUCUAAAUGAUGGUGAUGCUUAAUUGGAAGAAGAAUAAAAGCAUCUUAAGUAGAAGGGUGUUGCAAGCACUUGGGGUGUUGAUACUGACAUUUAUAGAGAACUUGGCUUUGAAGGGUACAGAUUCUUCAGAAUAAUCUAAGUUGGUAAAAAUAGCUCUGGUUCAGACAACUUGGCUUUAUCUGGCUUUGAGGUUUACGGAAAGGUUGUCAGAGGUAGAUUCCCAUGA